AUGGGAGCUAUAGAUCCGCUGCUGCCUGAUAAUAUUCGAUUUGUUACAUUUAAUGUCAAUGGAGUUAGGACAUUCUUCCACUAUGCACCUUUCUCAGAGAUGAGACAAUCACUGAGGAGUGUCUUUGACUGGUUUGAAUCUGAUGUUAUUACCUUCCAGGAACUGAAAACAGAGCCAUUGUCACUCAAUAAAUGGGGUAAGGUUGAUGGGUUCUAUUCAUUCAUAUCAAUACCACAGAAAAGAAAGGGUUAUUCAGGCGUUGGAUGUUGGGUAAGAAUACCGCCAAGGGACAGUCCAAAAUAUAAUGCUUUACAAGUUUUGAGAGCUGAGGAAGGAAUAACGGGUUACCUUGAAGUCAAGAACGGCAAACAAUCAGUAUCGUAUAGAGAUGAUUCAGAAAUCGGCAUAGGUGGUUAUAUCCCUGACGAUAGUCUUCCAGAUCAUAUAUCAACAUCUGAUGCAUUACAGCUUGAUUCGGAAGGUAGAUGUGUCAUAGUGGAACUUAAAUGCGGAAUUGUGGUUAUAUCUGUUUAUUGCCCCGCCAAUUCAACAUGUACUGACGAAGGAGAAGUAUUUAGAAUGAGAUAUUUGAAACUAUUGUUUGCAAGGAUUAGAAAUUUACAAAUGAUGGGUAAAAUGGUGGUUCUUAUGGGUGAUUUAAAUAUAUGCAGAGAUCUGAUAGAUCAUGCGGUGUCUUUAGAAGAAUAUCAUAUAUCAAUUGGUAACGAAUCAACUGGGACCCAGAUCGACGAAGAGUACAGAGAUUUUGCUAUCAAAUUCAUUGUCAACCCUGAGGUUCCUCACAGGUUACUUUUAAAUCAAAUAUUAGACGAUUCUAUGGUUCCUAAUACAGAUAACGAAUUUUGUCUAAUAGAUACAACCAGGAAAGUGCAAGGCAGAGAUAGACUAAAAAUGUAUACUGUGUGGAAUACAUUGAAAAAUACGCGGCCCAGCAAUUUUGGAUCUCGAAUAGAUUUUAUCUUAGUAAGUAAGGAUCUCGGUAAUAACAUUGAAAAGGCCGACAUACUACCAGACAUAAAUGGAUCCGAUCAUUGUCCUGUCUUCUGUGAUAUAAAUCUUAACAAUUUAACAUUAACAUCGAAUAUAUCAGUAGAGGAGAAAAUACCAAAAUUUGAAGCGAGAUACAGAUACAAUAUGACAAAUCGAAAUAUAUUUGAUAUGUUUGCCAAGAAAAGUGGAAAGAGCUCUUCUUCAAUUGGUAAUAAAUUAAAAUCUGAACCUAUCAAAGAUAAAGUUUCAAAACCUAUUCAUAAGAGAUCCGCAGAAGCAAUUACCGAUAAGAUGGGCACCACUCCUAAUCAAACGCCGAAAGAUAAAAUUGCCUUAUUUUUUCAAGGUUCCUUUGGCCCGCCUCCACUUUGUAAGCAUAAGCAGCAUGCUAUACUUAAAACUUCCAAGACAUCAAAUAAUCCAGGAAAAAAGUUUUGGACAUGUUCAAAGCCAAGAGGUCAUCAAAAUGAUGAAAACUCCUCAUGUGGUUUUUUUGAAUGGGCCUGA